AUGGAAGUUCAAGGCCAGGAGUCCACCAUAUUCGAAAAUUGUAAACUCCUUUAUGAUAAAGACGGAUACCUUCAGGUGUUUACCGACGGCGCUUGUUCAUUCAACGGCACGGAGCGUGCUUGGACCGGGGUUGGAGUUUAUUUCAACGAGCUACAUCCUUGUAAUAUUUCAAUGCCCGUGGAAGGCAACCAAACGUGCAACGCGGCCGAGCUACGAUCCGCGCUGUUGGGCGCUCAACAGGCUCUGAAGAUGGGUGCUAAGAAACUCACUAUUAAUACUGACUCCAAACCCUUGAUAAACAGUUUCCAACAGUGGAUACCUACCUGGAUUGACAGGGGCUGGGUUAAUACCCGAGGAAAACCGAUAAAAAACAAAGAAGACUUGAUCCAUUUACACAAACUUCUUGGAUGUUUUGAGUCGGUGAAAUGGAAUUAUGUGCCGAGCCACGGCGGAACACCUGGAAAUGAAAGCGCGGAUAAAUUGGCAAAGGAUGGAAUUCAACGAAUUUCAGAAGAACAGCAUCUGGCGUCCGGUAGCGAAGUAGCGUAUAAUGACGGAAAAGUGAAUACGUCAUUAAUCACCCACGGAAGGUAUAAUUUACGACCUCGAAAAAAAUGA